GUCUCUUUCCCUGUCUGGACUUUUUGUAUGCCUGUCUUCUGUUGGGACUGUAGAGAAGCUUUGGAGUAGAGGAGCUGCAAAACAGGUACACACUACUAUUUAGCAGGUUCUGGUCUGAUAAUGGCCCCCAAACUGAGCGUACUGCUGCUGUUACUGGCCGUUGCCACGGUAACAGUUCUGGCCCAGAGGUCCAGACGCCCAGCAUCGAAGCCCACGACUGACAAUGAGUGGAACUACAGGGAUGGCUCUGAAAGGGUGAACAUGCGCGGCGUGGCCAACUUGACUCAGAUUCUGGACAACUGGAGGUUCGACAUCAUGAGCCAGAUGAGAGGACUUUUGCAGAAUGACCACCAGUCUCUCCUUCCCGACUACGCCAGGAUCCAGCCGCUGUCUGAGGCUUUAGACGACCUCUACAAGGAGUUCAACGCCCUCAAAGCUCACCUGGGCGACCUGACAGAGAAGUUCUCCGCCAUAGAAACAUUCAUCGAUGAGGUCAAGGCUGGCCGUGUCGACAGCAGCAAUGCUGGCCCGGCCCCAGGCCCAGCUCCAGCCCCCGCCCCCAGACCGACCGGGAGGAGGGUGAUGAAAAAGAAGGCCACUAUUUCCUAAACAGCAAAAAAUGAGCUUCUGCUAUGCUGGUGUUUGCUUCUUCUUAGGCAGUCUUAUGUCUCUGUUUGUCUUAUCUCACAGUACUGAAGCUGAUCCCCCUUUAAGUUCACCAAGUUCUAUAAAAUUAUUGUGCCAAGGCACUCUUAAUCUAAAACACAAAAAUAGAAAAUUGAAAUACAAAAAAAAGAACAUAAAAUGUAAAGUAAAUAAAAUAUGUCACUUACAUAUAGUAUGGACCAUAACUGUGAAAAGGUAUAAAAUACACAUCAUAUAAAAAGUUGUAAGAAAGCUACACAGUUUACAGUUUUCCUCAUAAAAAACAAAGCUAAAACUCAACAAACAUAUUCGGGGAUUUGAUUUGAAAGAUUUCCUUUUACUGCUGCAAAAGUGCCUGGCGAGUACGACAACACAUGCUGAGUGACGUCUAUCAUGUAGCACAGCUGAGCUGUUUAGAAAGCACUUACUCUGUUUGUUCUGAAUGCUUUCUGGACAAACAUGCUUGUUGGUUCGGGUUUACUGCUGCAUUGUAUGAGCUCCAAAUAAACUCACUUAUUGCAUUCA